GUCAAAAUAAACCUGUAAGAAAAUGUAUAACGAUUUCGAUAUAUAAGCUUAUCUUUAUAUAGACACAAGACCGAGAGAUCACUCAGAAUCAUUUUCCUUUUUUUGUAGCCAAUAUUUCUUACAACUAUAUUCUCUUGUCUCAUAAUCAUGGAUCGACUUCAAGAAGAGGGAAGCGGUCUGGUUCAUGGCUUUUUGUUAUCGACCGUGAGUUCAUCCCGGCCGACAAAGACCGGUACGACCCACGAACCCACGGGACUAGACCUCGCUGUGAAACUACACUACCUAAAGGCGGUUUAUAUUUACUCGGCCGAGACGGCACGUGACUUGACCGUGUUGCACGUGAAAGCUCCCUUUUUCCCAGUGUCCGACCAGGUUCCUUGGACCAUUGGCAGGUUCAUGAGGCAUGAUUCAGGGCGUCCGUACAUAUUGUGCAACGACUGUGGUACGCGCUUCGUGGAAAGUCAUUGCGAUCACACGGUGGAGGAAUGGCUCCGUGUACCGGACCGGUCCAUUGAUGAGUCUCUGGUUUACCAUCGACCAAUUGGACCGGAGUUGGCCUUCUCUCCUUUGGUCUAUAUUCAGAUGACCCGGUUUAAAUGCGGUGGAUUAGCGUUCGGCUUAAGCUGGGCCCAUAUCAUUGGAGAUCUAUUCUCGCUUUCUCACUUUUUCAACUUAUGGACUCGGGCCUUAGCUAACGAAAAGAUCUACUGUCCCACAACCUCUGAGCUAGAAAGAGGUUUUCCGAACCCGAAUUCCACGGGCAAAGAACCGAGUUCCAUUAAACGGGUUGACCCGGUCGGAGACCUCUGGGUCGCACCGAGUAACAACAAAAUGACUACAUACUCCUUCAAUGUAACGGUUCACGAUAUACAAUCACACUUCCCGGCGAACGGAGACGAAUUCGAGAUUCUCAGUGGGAUCUUAUGGAAAUGCAUAGCAAAGGCGAGAGGAGAAUCGGAGCCGGUUAUGAUUACGGUAAUCAGAUCCGACCCGAAUGGAUUGAAGCCUAGAGCGGUGAGAAACAGUCAGAUGAUUAGCUCAGUUCGCGUCGAUUUUUCUGUCGCCGACGCGAAUUUGGAGGAGAUUGUGAAAUCUAUCGGAGAAGCGACCGAUGAGAGGUUUCGGAUCGAUGAGAUUGCGGCGAGCGAUGACGGUGUUUCGGAUUUCAUCGUCUACGGAGCGAAAUUGACGUUUGUGGAUCUAAGCGAAGUUGAUUUCUACGAGGCGAAAAUAAGAGAGACGUCGCCGAUAUCGGUGUACUGUAAUGUUCAGGGGAUAGGAGACGACGGAGCUGUGGUGGUGUUGCCGGCCGCGGAGGGAGAGGAGAGGGUUGUGACGGUGACGUUGCCGGAGGAUGAGAUGGAGAAGGUACAAUGGGAACUGAAAAAGUGUGGUUUAAUCACGCCGUUAGUUAACGGAGAAUGAAUUUAAAAGGAACGUGAUAUUUUUAGCCCGUUGUUCCUUUUCGUUAUCAAGUGUGUGUAGUGUUAAAAAGGAAAAAAAAUGUGUAAUGUUUAUUGUAUGGUUAACGAUGUUUAUCGUAUUAUAAUAUUAGUGAACACGAUAGAGAAAUUUUUUUUUUGGUUGCUAAA